CUCACACACAGAGGCUCUCGCGUGCGCUCUUGCUCCCCUGUCUCUCUCCCCUGGGGUGAAGUUGUGGACAAAACACGCGGCGACCUGGAGAGAAAGCGGAGUGGAAGCUCCAGGCGGACAACGAGGACGAGUCGUGCCGAUUUUUGCGCACCAGGGCUGGGAUUACACGCGCACUCAGGUCCUCGGACAGCGGGGCUGAGGAGGAGGAAGAGACACCGGGACGAGUUUGUGGCGUUGGAUUGAGAGACCAAGCUCACCCAACAGUAUGCGGUGCAGUCAUGGCAGGCAAGGGUAAGACCGUCGUGAGGACGCUGGAGGAUUUAACGCUUGAUUCUGGUUAUGGUGGAGCCGCGGACUCGGUCAGGUCUUCCAGCGUGUCGCUGUGCUGCUCCGACACGCAUCAGUCUCUCCCGCAUGGGGGCAACUGCUGGCAUCUGACCGAAUCCAUGCACAGCCGACAGAACAGUUUGGACACAGUCAACACCGUCCUGGCGGAGGACACGGAGAUACUGGAGUGCUCGGGCCAGUGCGCCAAGCUGCCCGAGCUGGAGGACGUGCCAUGGAGCCUCGGCGAGGUGGAGGGCGCACUGAGGAAGGACGAGGACCUGAUGGUGGGCAACCCGCCGCCGGAGGUGCUGGCGCGGCUCUCCGCGCUCAUCUGCCGCGCGCUGGUGCGCGUGGCGCGGGAGGCGCAGCGGCUCAGCCUGCGCUACGCCAGGUGCACCAAGCACGAGAUCCAGAGCGCCAUCAAGGUGGUGCUGUCGUGGACCAUCUCCGUGAACUGCAUCACGGCGGCUCUGAGCGCGCUGUCCCUGUACAACAUGAGCACCGGGGACAAGUUCAGCCGCGGCAAGUCCGCGCGCUGCGGCUUGGUCUUCUCCGUGGGCAAGUUCUUCAGGUGGAUGGUGGAUAGUCGCGUGGCGCUGCGGAUCCACGAGCACGCCGCCAUCUACCUCACCGCCUGCAUGGAGAGUCUGUUCAGAGAGGUGUUCAGCCGCGUGCUGCGCAGCGCGCUCGUGGAGAGGGACAACGGUGUCCCCAAGUUUACGCUGGAGUCACUGGAGCAAGCCAUCAACGGGGACUCUGAGAUCUGGGGUCUGCUGCAGCCGUACCAGCACCUCAUCUGCGGCAAGAACUCGAGUGGUGUGCUGAGUCUGCCGGAGAGUCUGAACCUGCACCGGGACCAGCAGCGGUCGGGGAGGAGCGGAGAGGGUCAUGGAUACACGCAGGCCGAACUCCGUACUCUGGAGCAGUCGCUCCUCGCGACCCGAGUGGGCAGCAUCGCCGAGCUGAGUGACUUGGUGUCGCGGGCCAUGCACCACCUGCAGCCGCUGCACAUCAAAAACCCCAGCAACGGCACUCCGGUCCACCAGAAAACCAGCAGCACGGUGCACUGGGAGCCUGAGGCGCUGUACACGCUGUGUUACUUCAUGCACUGCCCGCAGAUGGAGUGGGAAAACCCCAACGUGGAACCCUCCAAAGUUACCCUACAAACUGAAAGGCCGUUCCUCGUACUGCCGCCGCUGAUGGAGUGGAUCCGCGUGGCGGUCGCCCACACUGAGCAUCGACGAAGCUUCUCCGUGGACAGCGACGACGUCAGGCAGGCUGCCAGGCUCCUGCUCCCCGGUGUGGACUGCGAACCACGACAAAUAAAAGCAGAGGAUUGUUUCUGUGCCACCAGGAAACUGGACGCGGCCUCCACCGAGGCCAAGUUCCUGCAGGAUCUGGGCUUCAGGAUGCUCAACUGUGGACGCACGGACCUGGUCAAGCAGGCGGUGAACCUGCUGGGGCCUGAUGGCAUUAACAGCAUGAGCGAACAGGGAAUGACCCCCCUCAUGUACGCCUGCGUCCGCGGUGACGAGGCCAUGGUGCAGAUGCUGCUCGACGCCGGCGCCGACAUCAACAGCGAGGUGCCAAGCACAGUAAACAAGCACCCCUCAGUUUAUCCUGAAACGCGCCAGGGGACGCCACUCACUUUCGCCGUGUUACACGGACACGUCCCUGUCGUGCAGCUGCUGCUGGAUAACAGAGCGAAUGUAGAGGGCGCCCUGCAGGAUGGGGCGGAGAACUACACAGAGACGCCGCUUCAGUUGGCCGCCGCUGCAGGAAACUUUGAGUUGGUGAGUUUGCUGUUGGAGAGAGGCGCCGACCCCAUGAUCGGGACCAUGUGUCGAAAUGGCAUCUCGUCCGCCCCGCUGGGCGACAUGAACUCCUACAGCCUGGCAGCAGCACACGGCCACAGAAAUGUCUUUCGGAAGCUGCUCUCCCACUCGGAGAAGGAGAAGGGAGACGUGCUGUCCCUGGAGGAGAUCCUGGCCGAGGGCUCGGACCCGGGCGAGAAGCGUUUGGCUCUGCAGGCCAACAGCACCGGGACCCUGCGAACAGGAAAGGCCAAACUGAGAGCCCUGAGAGAGGCCAUGUACCAUAGUGCAGAGCACGGCCAUGUGGACAUCACCAUAGACAUCCGCAGCUUAGGCGUUCCCUGGACGCUGCACACCUGGCUCGAGUCCCUGCGCACCUGCUUCAUCCAGCACCGCCGGCCACUCAUCCAGGGCCUGCUCAAGGACUUCAGCUGCAUCCAGGAGGACGAGUACACGGAGGAGCUGAUCACGCACGGCCUGCCGCUCAUGUUCCAGAUCCUACGAACCAGCAAGAACGAGGUGAUAAGCCAGCAGCUGUCAGUUAUUUUCACGCAGUGUUACGGGCCCUUUCCCAUCCCCAAACUGACGGAGAUCAAGAGGAAACAGACCUCGCGCUUAGACCCUCACUUCCUGAACAACAAGGAGAUGUCCGACGUCACGUUCCUGGUGGAGGGGAAACCCUUUUAUGCACAUAAAGUUUUGCUGUUCACAGCGUCACCCAGGUUCAAGUCGCUGCUACAAAACCGACCAGCAGCUGAAAACACCUGCAUCGAGAUCAGUCAUGUCAAGUAUAAUAUAUUCCACUUGGUCAUGCAGUAUCUGUACUGUGGAGGCACUGAAUCCCUGCACAUACGCAACACUGAAGUCAUGGAGCUCCUGUCUGCAGCCAAAUUCUUCCAACUAGAGGCCCUUCAGAGACACUGUGAGAUCAUCUGCUCCAAGAACAUCACCACGGAAACCUGCGUGGACCUCUACAAACACGCCAAGUCUCUGCACUGUCCUCCUCCCUUUGUAACGCAGUUCCUCGGUGCCUCGGAGCUGACGGCUUUCAUCGAGGGCUAUUUCCUGAAGAACAUGGUGCUGCUGAUCGAGCUCGACUGCUUCAAGCAGCUCCUGUACGAGCCGGCGCCCGCCGAGAGCCCCAUGUCCAGCCCCGGCAUCUGCUCUGACAUCCUCCACGACCUGGAGAAGACGCUGGCCACGCGCAUCCACUCCAUCCACCUCUCCACCUCCAAGGGCUCCGUGGUGUGACGCCAUCCUCCCGGCCCCCUGCCUCAGCAUCCGUGUGACGCCACUAUUAAAGGUCCAGUGUGUAAGAAUUAGUGACAUCUAAUGGCGAGGCUGGAGACGCUAAUUCCUCUGCCAGCCUCUGCGCACCAGAAAGCAUGCCGUUCCUCUACGUUGUAAGCUUCUUCUUCAGAAAGAAUCAGCUCUGGCUGAUUUGUCAAUUUUUGGCUGCAAUAGAAACAAGGCGGGGUAGGAUGGCGGGCCUUUGGAAAGCAAGACCCUCGUCUAAAAGGCUUCAGGGCCCUUCACAUGCAGCAUCUAAAAAUGUGUGAAAGACACACGGACGGUGCUAGAGCUUUAUUUAUCCUUUAUUUAGCCAGAAAGGUUCAAUUGAGAAGGGCCACACGGUUGGCAUACUCUUGCCUUAGCAGCAAGAAGACCGGGGUUCGUGACCCGGUCGGAACAAGGGCCUUUCUGCAUGGAUUUCGCAUGUUCUCCCUCGUGUGCCUCUCUAUAUGUGGCCCUGUGAUGGACUGUCACUGAGAUGGGACCCCGACUUUCGUAGGCUGAGAUUGGCAAAGCGAACUUGCGCGACCUUCAUGGAGGAUUAAGCGGUAGAAGAUGGAUGGAUGGAUGGAUGGGUGGGUUCAAUUGGGAUACAAGAUCUUCCAGAUCUCUUCCUCCAGGGGGUCCCGGUCAAGAUAGCAGCACAGAAUAUAAAAGCUAAAAGGAAGUUAUUAUAGGAGAAAGUGCAGAAAUAUAAAGGCCAUAACCAACAAGUUCCUCAAUCCGAACCCCUAAAAAAGGCUAUAUGUAAAACAACAACAUGUUUCUUUCAUGGUGGUCCAUGAAAUGCCUUUGAAGGUGUUUAAAGAAGACAGUGUCUGUCGUGAAAUGAUGUUUUGCAGCUCAUUCCAUGUCCAUGGUACAUAGAAUAGAAGGAGGAGGCACCUUUACAGAAUUCUAGUUGUGCUACUAUAGCGUCCGUCUUUACUCACCAACCAAAACCCUGGGAGCUGCUGAGAUUUAAUCAAACCUUUCAGCAGGGAAGAAAAUCAAAACUUUGCCUCACAGCAGCUUUGCUGCUCAAUUAGUUUGUGAAAUUUAAAACAAAAAAACUGUCUGGGUAGAUCCUAUCCUUCACCAUAAAUUGUAUAUUAAAACUGUAUUGACGUUUUCUUUCGAUUUCCCCCUGAAGUCAAGGAGGAAAUAAGAAGAUAUUGAACUCCAUUUGAAUUAGGAAAAUUAGCUUCUGCUUCUGACUUGAUUUAUUAACCUUUCUCCAGAAGAGUUAACGGUCUCAAUCACUAGUUUCAGCUCUUCUUCAGUAGAACGUUAUAUCAGUUUUGUGAAUUAUCCUCCGAUGAUACAGGACGGCAAAAAAAGUGGACACUCGUGUGAUUGACAGCUGUCGGUGAAGUUCCGGUUCUGAAACCUGAAAAAUUGUAGUUCAGAGUCUUAUGGGAGACCAGAGCCAACUGAUUCAGAUUCAGCUUUGUAUUGAUGGUUGAGGUUCAAAGGUUAUUUCAGUCGACAAAAGACCAGUUUGGCCCAAGUUUAAAAAGUAGUGCCCUUGUAUCGCCCUUGAAGCGAUUCCUAUAUUCCAAAAAGUUGCAAUAUUUUCAUGGUGCGACGCAAUUAUACACUUAUUUACUAACUUAUAGACCUUACUUUCGAGUGCUGAUGUAAGUUGGGGUCCGACUUUUUGGUGCGACAGUUCCGGUAUUGUUUUCCCUUCACGUUAUC